GCGGCGGUUGUUACCGAGCGGAGCCGAGGGCGGCCGACGCGUUCACAACAAAAAGUCACACGACUGGUUUAGUGUCGGGUCGCGUCCCAACGACGCCGCUUCACGUGCCGCGGUCUGGCUUCACGCGCCUGCGCACUUACUGAACUAUAUUCAAAACAUCUUUAUAUCUCCUUACUUAAUCGUAUAUAGCUAAAGCAAUAAUUAUUUUACACAAGUUGUGAGCUGUGCUAGAUAAUAUUCUUAUUGAAAAUGGACUCGACGGAAUGGAGCGUAUGAUUUCAGUGUGUUUUUAUAUCGCAACGAUAAAAGUGAUUAGUGAUAGUGAACGAUAUUUGAGUGAUACGCAUCUUACGAGGACAAUUAAGUCGAUCGUCAGAUAGCGCCUUCAGCGGUUGUGAUAGAUAGAAGAUACCUAAGUAGUAAAUACCAACUUUUGUCCUGAUCACAUCUUAUCGUUCUGAUACGGGUAUGAGUGGCCGUCGAGUCGAGUGACGCGUGAUCGUGUGGCUCUCGGGUUCGAUGAUGUCAAGACUGUACUGGGUUGCCUCUCAGUAAAUAGGCCAGCGCGAGCGUACAUCGGGCGAUUGACUUUUGAAAUGCGGAUAGGGGUGCGGACUUAAAGUGCGUGUAUAUAAAAGCGAUGCAUGGUUUGUGAGGUCGGAGCGGCGGUCAUGGACAUGAGCGGUGAGGGCGGCGGUGCGGGCGCGGGCGCAGGGGGCGCGCUUCAGCAGCGGUGGUACGACAGCCGCGUGAACGGCAGCCCUGCCGCCGGCGAUGUCAGCUCCGAGACGAAUGGAGACGGCUUCUUCCACUCGCCGCUGGAGGGCGGUCACCAUAGCCGCGCCCGCUACUACCAUCAGCAAAUGCACGCCCCUUACUCUACAGCAGUCGGCUCGCAUGGUCGGACGCUAAGCGGCGGCAGCGGGCAGGUGUGCAGGCCACACUUUCACACACCGCUUCAUCCCUGGCUAGACUCCAAAGCCCUGGGCAGCGGAGCUUGGGGCGGCGGCUUCCAACAGGAUAGCGCGCCCGCCGACAAGCCUCUCUCCCCAGCGCAGCACCCACAUCCCCAUCCUCUGUUCUCAUUCCCUCCCACGCCACCGAAAGACUCCACGCCCGACUCCGUCGCCGCGGCAGCGCUCGGUCAGCAAGAUUACCAAGCGGCCGUCGCGCACGCCACGGCGAUGAGCGUCGCUUUCAUGCAGCAGCAGCAGGAGCUGCCGCUCUGCGGUGACGUCAAGCCUAUGAUGGGCGCACCGCCCUCCAAGCAACGUGAAGGUGCGCAGCCGGACUCGUGUCCCCAGGAGAGUCAGCCCUCUGGGGAAUACAACACGCAAUACAAUGCCGCCGCCGGCGACUACUACAACUACCAGGGGAAGGGUUAUAGCGGGCAGCAGCAGAGUAAACCGCGACCGAACAAGACGCGAACUAGCGCCGAGGGUCGGGAGUGCGUCAACUGCGGGGCGACAAGCACGCCACUCUGGCGACGCGACGGCACCGGGCACUACCUUUGCAACGCGUGCGGACUAUACUACAAGAUGAACGGACAGAACCGACCCCUCAUCAAGCCCAAGCGAAGACUGGUGAGUUCGUUGCAAAGUGCUGCGAGACGAGCGGGUACAUCAUGUGCAAACUGUAAGACGACAACCACGACACUCUGGCGACGUAACCAGAACGGGGAGCCGGUGUGCAAUGCUUGCGGACUCUACUAUAAACUACACAAUGUAAAUCGGCCAUUGACUAUGAAGAAAGAAGGUAUUCAAACAAGAAAUCGCAAGCUAAGCAGUAAAAGCAAGAAGAAGAAGGGUGGCAUGGGAAUGGGUGGAGGAGGCGCGUGCGCACUCGCUCUGGGCGGUGUCAUGGGAGACAUGAUCAAGCCUCUCGGAGAUGCCACCAAAGGCUUUGGUGGUUCGGCCUUCCCAUCGGCUAUGGAUUUCGGUCAACACCAAGUAGGGCUGGUGCACCCCGCCGCGGCGCACAUGUCGCACUGGUAUGGAGCCCCACAUCAGGGCUUUGCCCCACCACCGACAUCGCAUAAUCCCUAUCAUCACCACCACCUCGCGCAACUAAAUUCUAUGACGGGCUGGAGGAGCGAGUACACGUGAUAAGUCAACCAAGCCAGAGCACGAAUACGGUGGAAAUGUAGGUACGUCUCGCCAGGAGCGACCUGGGACAAAUACAUCACAAAAUAGAUACUGUGAUUUCACUUGUAGCAUGAUAGGUCAUCAAUAACACAAAUACUACGACACAUCACACUAAUUUAUAAGACUGUGACAGAAUUGAUGUUUCUAAGCGCUAUACACCCAAACAUCAACUCGGAUUGAUGAAUUGAUCAAACAUAUCUGAUUAAAACCAGUUGUUAUCCCAAUGUCUUUUAUAUACCGUGAUUCGUUCCCUACGAAUAAUAAGUCGUAUCACUCUAAACUACCGGAUCCUAAGUCGACUGCUACUGACCUUUUUGGUAUGUCGAGUUUAUCGAUCGUCGUAAAUCGAUUUUGCCGUUU